AUGAACAAGGUUAACUAUCUCAAGAAACGUUUGGAACAUGAAGAGGUGAAGACACGUGUGGAGGACAACGGCAAGAUCCUCGCUUCACUCAGACACAAACUAGACAGUAACCGACGGAAACUAAACCGCCUGGAGGACGAGCAACAGCAUAAAGGGACUCGCCUGGAGGAACUGAAGAGCCAAGCAGUCAUGCUCGAGGAGGAACUUACGCGCCUCUCGUCCAGCAACUCGAGGAUCACUUCCCACGUCAACCAGCAAAACGCCAUGACGCGCAGGAGACUUCAGGCUCUCAAAGACAAUAGCAAAGAACCGAUGAUCACAGUGGAGGAGUACUUGAAGUUGAACACCCAAGUUCAAGUGCUUGAAAAGGAAGUCAAAAGAUGGAGUAAAAAGGCCGAUACUUUACGCUGUUAACGAUUGUGGUUAAGAGGAUCUAACUACAAUUAGAAGCUACGAAGAAAAGUUCAGAUUGAAAAGUGUCUGGGCAAUGAAUAUGCAUGUGUGUAACAAGUGUUAUGGAACUUUCUUACUAUUAAAUAGAUGUCCAAGAAGGUUUUGGACAGGAUUUACUUUAAAAAUCUAGCCAAGGGAUAUAUAAAAAUAAAAAAGGAACAAUAUUUACCUGCAAUGUUAGUCUUUGAAAUUUUUGCUUUAGUUUACCACUUUUAAUGCCAAGUUUGUCGCAACAGAAUUGGUUUUUGAUAAUUCCAAAGUCUUCACAGUAAUACUGUGAAGCUUUACCACGGAUAAAUACUCACAUUUGUCAAUUUGUUUAAAAAUUUAUUAUACCUAAGGUUCGUCUAUACAUGAAGUGCAAAUGCAUUAUCUUCAUCUUUGGCUAAUAUAUACAAUUUACACUUAUGCAAUACACAGAAACAUGACUACCAUAUGGUACAUUACAAAUCUACCUUAUAACGUAUAUGUCAAUCGUAACAAAC